CGAGCUCAUUGUGCUCGAGCUCGAGAGAGGCGCAGCUGUUUAUUGAGAAUUUAAACUGGAUCGGGAAAAGCGGAGUAAAAAUAAUUGUAUUUUCUUUGAAAAAUGAGUAAAAAGUGACCAAAAAAUUAAAUGGUACAGAACAGCAGCAUGUCCAGGACGCCUUCUACUUCCACACAGGAGAUCCAGAUGGACAUGUUUGAUAAUCCCAAUUUACAGGGGAAGUAUGCCAAGCGGAAGAGCCGCUUCAAACGCUCUGAUGGAAGCACCUCCUCUGACACCACCUCCAACAGCUUCGUGCGGCAGGGCUCGGCGGACUCCUACACCAGCCGCCCCUCUGACUCGGACGUGUCCUUGGAGGAGGACCGCGAGGCUCUGAGGCGCGAGGCGGAGCGGCAAGCCCUGGCACAGCUAGAGAAGGCCAAGACGAAGCCUGUGGCGUUCGCGGUGCGCACCAACGUGGGGUACAAUUCCGCGCCCGGCGACGACGUGCCAGUGCAGGGCAUGGGCAUCUCCUUCGACGCCAAGGACUUCCUGCACAUCAAAGAGAAGUACAGCAAUGACUGGUGGAUCGGCCGGCUGGUGAAAGAGGGCUGUGAGGUCGGCUUCAUCCCGAGUCCCGUCAAACUGGAGAACACGAGACUGCUGCAGGAGCAGAGACUGAGGCAGAACCGGAUCAGCUCCAGCAAGUCCGGGGGAAACUCAAGCUCCAACCUGGGUGACGUUGCCACGGGAACACGCAGACCCACGCCCCCCACCAUGGGUCAUCUCGAGUUGUCUAAUGUCACAUUCGAUAUAGACGCUCUUGAUCUCGAUGCUGAGGAGCCGGGCACCGAGCCCCUGGUCAACCAGCCCAAAAGCAGUGUGAGCAGCGUCACCUCCCCCCAAGCUAAUGCCAAGCGCAUUCCCUUCUUUAAGAAGAUGGAGCAGGUCCCUCCCUAUGACGUGGUGCCUUCCAUGAGACCCAUCAUUCUAGUGGGUCCUUCCCUCAAGGGUUACGAGGUCACAGACAUGAUGCAGAAGGCUCUGUUUGACUUCCUGAAACACAGGUUUGACGGCAGAAUAUCCAUCACUCGGGUGACAGCUGACAUCUCACUGGCAAAGCGCUCUGUGCUCAACAACCCGAGCAAGCACACCAUCAUCGAGAGGUCCAACACACGCUCCAGCCUGGCGGAGGUGCAGAGUGAGAUCGAGCGGAUCUUUGAGCUGGCCCGGACCCUGCAGCUCGUGGCUCUCGAUGCUGACACCAUCAACCACCCCUCCCAGCUCGCCAAGACCUCUCUGGCACCCAUCGUGGUGUACAUCAAGAUCGCCUCUCCCAAGGUGCUGCAGAGGCUGAUCAAGUCCCGAGGGAAGUCUCAGGCCAAACACCUCAAUGUGCAGAUGGUGGCAGCAGACAAACUGGCACAGUGCCCCCCUGAGCUGUUUGACAUCAUCCUGGAUGAGAACCAGCUGGAGGACGCCUGCGAGCACCUGUCUGAGUACCUGGAGGCGUUCUGGAAAGCCACGCACCCCCCGAGCAGCAACCCGCCCAACCCUCUGCUGAACCGCACCAUGGCCACCGCUGCGCUGGCAGCAAGCCCUGCCCCCGUCUCCAACCUGCAGGUCCAGGGCCCCUACCUGGUGCACGGGGAGCAGCCUGGGCUCCGAGACGGGCCCCUGUUGAACCGGACUGGGCUGAGGGAAUACCAGCCCGACCUAGGCAAGCAGCAGCAGCAGCAGCAGCCCUCCCUGUGCGCUGUGAGGCCCCUGGGCCGGGGAGGGAGCAGGGGUCUGUCUCGCCAGGACACCAUCGAUUCAGAGACCCAGGGCAGCCACGACUCUGCUUACACCGAAGCAGGGGACUCCUGCAUGGACAUAGAGACAGACCCCUAUGAGGUGCCCGAGCCUUACCGCAGCGCCCAGCACAGGCACCUCCACCUGGGCCAGCAGCAGCACCAGGCCUCCUGGGAGGACGAGGAGGCUGAACCGGACCAGGAGAACCUGAACCGGGCCCACCUGCACAGCCAGCAGGGCCGGGCCAGGGAGAGGGAGCGGUGCUGCCAGAACACGGAGCUGCAGGAGCCCAUGAUGGGUCGGAACCGCAAUGAGGGUGUGGAGGAGUGGGGGAGAGACGUGUACAUCCGCUAGGCACCAGAGCACUCCCCCCUCACCCCUCGCCCCCACCCCCACCCCCACCCCUCACCCCUCACCCCUCACCCCUCACCCCUCACCCCUCACCUCGUCUCACUCAGCACUAACUGGUACACUAGCCAUGGGGGUAGAUAGCACAGAGAGGGGGAGGGGAGGGUGACAGCAAGUUCAGAACAUGUGGUGUUCACAGAAUCACAGACAAAAACUCCUUGAUCGAACAUGAAACAUAAUCAGAGGAAACAUUUUAGUAAAGUUUUACUUCACACAAACUGCAAGUGAGCCUUACAAUCAUCACAGUUUACAAACCCCAGACAGCCAUGCCAUGCUCGUCUUCAUUAGUAUUAGUAUUAUUCUUAAUGCUGAGACUGCCACUCAAUGCUCUGCAAUGCAAUGACAGGGACCCAGUGCUUUUUUCUUAUGAAGACACACACCCUCCUAGGCUGAGGAAGCAUGUAGGUCCCUGAUUGUAUAUUUAUUAGUUUUAUUUAUGUAUGUGUGCGUGAGAGGUAGGGCGGGGAGAGUAACAGUGAAAUCCUUUAUGUAUUGUAAAUGCUGCAGUCAUUUUCUCAAAACCAAAAAAAAAAAAACAGUCAACAGUGAGACGGAGGUGUUUAGAAUCCCAUCCCACAGAUGCCAAACUCCCCAGUCCCAGUUCAGUGGGGAAGCCUUGGCUUCAUAUUCUCCAUUGCCCAGUAAACUUUCACCAGACUCAAACCAGCCUGCAUGCAGUACCUCUAUCCUGCCACGAGAGGGAAACAAAUCCUUUUUGCUCUGAACGAAUUUUUUCUGGACAUUCUUACUGUACGAGAGUUCCGUGUUUCUCACCAAUCAGAGGUGACUGGCCCCUAAACUCCUCCCACAACAGCUUGGAAUUGGGGACUUUGUAGUUUCUAAAGCUCAGCUGCUACAGGACUACAGGGCUUUACCUGCAGAGCUCCUCAGUCAGAUGAAUGUACAGGGUUGCCAAGUGGGAGCAGGCCAUGUCCAGUAUUACUGUCCCCUGUCCUCUCUGCUUGUGUUCCCUGUCCUUGCCUGUCUGGUCACUUUCUAGAAUGCAGACCGCUGUACCGCUCUUCAGAAAUCAAGUUGAAACUGCACCCAAGCCUUUUUACACGACAAAACGAAACUGAACCACUUUGGAUGCCAGCCCUCUUUUGGAUUCCUUUACCAGGGGAAAAAUGUUUUUUUUUUUUAAAUAAUAAUAACUUCCAUGCUGGAUUUUAGCAUGUUUCUCUUUUAAAAAAAAAGACUUUGAAUAAAAACAUAAUAAUAAAUAAGCAAACAAAACCAGAUGUCUUUAUAAACAACAAAACCCCAGCAGAGGCGGGAGGACGAAUUUCGAGUUGGGUUCCAGUUUUGAUUGAGUUUUUCGUUUUUUGCCAUUAAACACACCGUGGAGAAACGCAGGAGCCAACAUCACAGGGAAGAGGGGGAGCCUCUCUCUCUUCGCUACACCACGGGUGCCAGACUCCUGUCCCAGGGGGCUGCUUCUGGUUUUCAUUCUGUUAACUUCAUUGAUCACAUUAUGUGUUCAGUUGGACAUGUUUAAUAUUUGUUCAAGGUCUUUUGCAGCUGAUGAUGAUUUUAGAAAUGCACUUCAUUCAAGGUACACGACCUGUGAAACAUUUUGUGGGCUGGAGAGAAGUGUUCAGUUUGUCCAAUUAAUCAAAGAAUUACAGCAAGUAACUGAGAGCUGGGGUGGAACGAAAGGCCCUCUCUGGACUUGCCUUGUUGGUUGCAUGGAGACACACAAUGGCUUUCUUCAGGAGUCCCACUGAACUGAUCUACAGUGACACCACAGUCCCGACUGCAUUCACUUCCAUGCUGACAGACCCUUCAAUAUUAAGACCACCCCUCUGUUAAGAACACAUUGCCUGGCCUCAGUAGAGAUCUUUCACUGUAUAGAUUAAAAAAAACAAGAGGAGGUUUAAUACUGAUGUAUCCCAGCAUGGAAGCUGACAUUCACGUUGUAUAUUAUCGUGUUUAAACAGCUUGGAAACGAGGGCAGAAGAAACAACGACCGAGAAAACCGCGCCUGUUUCUUUUUCUCUUUCAAAAAAAAAAGACAUGAUCGAACUCUUUCGGUGUUUAUCAUUUUUUUAAUCGCAUAACUUACAGUAAGUGGAAUUCAUAUCUGUACCCAAGAAAACAAACGCCAAGCCAGUAGCACCACUGGUGUCUUACAAGUCCUCCCUCCCUGCAGGCCGGGUGUAUACACUGCACCCCGACACGCUCACACAGGGAUUGUAUUCACUCUGCAUUCAAACUACUGUAUGUAAACUGUAAAGAUUCAGGGGUCACUAAUUGGGGUGUCCAGUCCCGCCCCCGUGCCCCCAGUCGGUGACCUCUGCAUUGUUUUGUAAAGGUGCAGCUGCAGCUUCAUGAACUCAGACACCGUCUGCCCUCAGAAAGGGGAGGCUGCAAUUUCAGAUUCUUAUUCAGGCCUGCCAGACAGAGUGUGCGCACACACAAUCACACUCACUCGUGCACACACAAUCACACUCACUCGUGCACACACAAUCACACUCACUCGUGCACACACAAUCACACUCACUCGUGCACACACAAUCACACUCACUCGUGCACACAAUCACACUCACUCGUGCACACACGCUCACUCACUCAUACACACACACACAUGCUCACUCACACAGGCACAGGCAGACUUAACAUACACACGCAGUCACUCUGAUACAGAUGUGUGUGUGUGUGUGUGUGCGCGCUGUGUCUGCCAUGGUCUCAUCUCUAGUGCCAAUGUUGCCAAAGUGCCGCAUUUAUCUGUUCCCUUUUGCCAACUACUGCUUGUACCAGGACUAUACCAGGAGCCGAAAACAAUAGCCAGCUUACUGGGAUAUACAUACAUACACAGAUAGAGAGAUUGAUUUAUACAGUAUUUAUAUAUUUAUCACGAACAGGGGAAAGUCACUAUCAGGCAGGGACAUCUUCACAGCUUUAUACUUCCGUGGUUUAAGAGACCUCUUCCCUCUGAUAAUCACAACACUAUUAUUAUUAUUACUGUUAUUUUGAGAUUAUAUCAUUAUUUGGGGGAAAUUAUUUCCAUAUAGAUGCCCUUGCGCUUAAUUUAAACUUUUUCUCAAAAUUGUUAUUUGGGGGGAAAAUACUUUGUAAUCAUGUGGGAAGCAAAAAGUUUUGGCAGUCAGUUUGCUUUCAGCGUGGGGCCUCCCUUCUGAGGUUGUGACUUUCACCCCGAAGAGACACUGCCAGCAGACCUACCGAUAUCUAUACUUACACUCCGAAUAAAUGAAGAAAUACUCCUCUCCCAAGUACACUACGACCCUGAUUUAGAGGUGAUCUGAUCCAUUUUUACAAGACUUGUGACUUUGUAUCAUUUUAUGAUGUAAAGUACUGAGAAGUGUAACCAAUCAUAUAUAUACACACACAAAUAUUUAAGGAUUUUAUUUAAAUGAAGAAAAAAUAUGAAUUUUUUUAUGCUGUUUUGUUUUUUCUUUGGGAAUGUUGGAAAACUUGCUUCAGUGUUUGUACAAUCUUUCUAAUUUAUUGAGAUGGUGACUGUAUUAAAGCUGGAAGCUGCUCUGAGCUCCAUUGUAUAAAA